UUCAGUGAGUUUCGUGCGCUCUGUUUCUUCUCAUCUGAUCUGCGAUGACUCAGUUUGGCCUGCACGGCUGCAGCUACAUUCUGUUCUGGUUCCUUCUCGCCUGCGCGGCGGCGGACCUUCAGGAGAAUCAGCAGUCGCGCAUCAUCAAUGGAAGCGUGGCCAAGGCGGACGAGACGCGCCACCUGGUCUCCAUCCGCCUUCUCCGCCACGACAACAACUUUGGAAGCGGCCACAUCUGCGGCGGGGCGCUAAUCGCGCCCAGAAAGGUUCUGACCGCAGCGCACUGCCUGUACAACAAUCAGAGAAAGCGCUUUCGGCGGGCCAGCGAAUUCGUAGUGGUUCUGGGCACGCUGAACCGCUUCGAGCACCGCAAUGGCACCAUCGUGUCCCAGGUGAGUUCCAUGGCCUACAUGCACACCUUCAGCCCGGACAGCAUGCGCGACGACGUGGGCAUCCUUUUUCUGCGCACCGGGCUGCCGAUGUCUCCAGGCGGUGGUGUCCAUCUCACAGUGGCCCCCAUCCAGCUGGCGGGCCAGAUCACGCCCCCCGGCAAGCUGUGCCAGGUGGCCGGCUGGGGUCGAACCGAGCAGAGCUCCCUCUCCAACAUCCUGCUGACGGCCAACGUGAGCACCAUCCGGCACCAGACCUGCCGCAUGAUCUACAGGUCCGGCCUGCUGCCCGGGAUGAUGUGCGCAGGACGCCUGCAGGGCGGCACCGAUUCUUGUCAAGGCGACUCCGGCGGACCGUUGGUGCACGAGGGCCGUCUGGUGGGUGUGGUCUCCUGGGGCUACGGAUGCGCAGAGCCGGGACUGCCGGGAGUCUACGUGGACGUGGAGUACUACCGCCAGUGGAUAGAGGGACGCAGCGGGGCUCCCCAUUCCAGGCUGGCUACCGGACUGUUCCUACUCCUGCUCCUGCCCCUGCUGAUGCGGUGCUCGGGGUCGUGGCUAUAGCCACCAUUUCGGCAUCCAUGCCAGUGCUUUAGUCUAUGUAGUAACUAUGUUCUAAACAAAAUAUUCAUAAUACACAUUCACGUACAAUGUAGCGACAGCUCUGAAUCUAAGAGCUACCGUAUGCAAACC